UAAGAUGCUGCCGACUGCAAAUGCUUCAUUUCAGCUCAAGUCCACUUCAUCGUCUUCUCGGCGUCCUCUGCAAACCCUAAAAUCUCGCUUCUCAAUUUGAACUUUCCAAUUUUGCCCCUGAAUCCGAACUCUGCAACCGGUGACGGAAAGGCGAGGAAACAGUACAAGGGAGAUGGCGGGGAACAACAGCAACAUUUUCGCAGCGCUGGGAAGCUUGAAGAAGAAGAAGAGCAAGAGCAAGGACGAAGCCUCUUCCAAGCCCAGAGGAUCUCAAGAGCCCGAGAAGAAGGACGUUUUUUGGGCCCCCACUCCCCUCACGGCCAAGUCCUGGGCCGAUGUUGAUGACGAAGACGACGACGAUUACUACGCCACCACUGCUCCUCUUGAAUCCGCGUGGCUGAAUCCGGAGAAAGCCAAUGAAAGUGAAGCCGCCGCAGAGGAAAGUGAGAGCGACGAAGAAGGUUUUGAUGAUGAGGAAGAUGACGUUGAGGAUGACCAUGAAAACGACUUGGAGAUUCCGGAAGAUGUUAAACCUGUUCUUGAUAAGCCUGCUCAACCCUCAUUGGCUACGAAAGACACUGAAAGACAACUUUCUAAAAAGGAAUUGAAGAAGAAAGGGCUUGAAGAGCUUGAAGCUGUUUUGGCUGAGCUAGGGUAUACUCAAGGAGAACCCAGUGGCCAUGAUGAUUCCCAUGGUGUGGAGAAGAAAGAAAAUGAUCAAAAUGGUGCAGUGAUAAAGGAGAAUGUUUCUGUGGAAAGCAAAAGUGCAAGAAAGAAGAAAAAGAAGGAUAAAUCUUCAAAGGAGCAGAAAGAAUCACAAGACCAGUCUGAUGGCAUGGAUGUUGGAAGCAAGACUUCUGAAACUGCUGGCAUAGAGAAGGCAGAGGAUGUGUCUUCCAUUGAUGUUAAAGAGCGGCUUAAGAAAGUUACUUCAAUGAAGAAGAAAAAGUCAAGUAAGGAGAUGGAUGCUGCUGCACGAGCAGCUGCUAGUGAAGCUGCAGCAAGGAGUGCAAAGCUUGCUGCAGCCAAGAAAAAGGAGAAGGCACACUACAAUCAGCAGCCAGUACGGUAAACAGGCUGACAGUAUUUGUUUCUUCUCUAAUGUAAAACAUUUUGUCUUUAAUGUCUUUUAUUAUCAACAUAUGAGUUUAUGCUUUUUUGUUCAUUUGCUAAUGCAAAAUAAACAUCCAUAGCUGCUUAAGAUAAGUUGAGUUUGAGCCAGAUUUUUUCUAAUUUUACUGAGGGAACAGGAUUAUAUGUUUGUCAUCUGCUUUGGUCACUUUCUAAUGCCAAAUAUCUUUGAUUCGUUCUUCAAAUCAGGCUCUAUUUUCAGAGUACGAAGCCUGAUUUCAAGACUCGAGUUAGAUUCUGCCA